CCAAUCACGCGGAAACAACAAUCCACGAAGGCCUUCCCUUAUUAGAGUAGCCAACCCCAUAAGCGAAGGUUAUCCGAGAUCUCGAUUUCUCCGGCGAUAUUACCGGUUGAUUCUUGGCGAGGGUUGGAGCUUGAUUGAAAUAUCUGUCGGAUCCGGAGAGUGGUUCGAUUAGAUCCGAAUCGUCAUGGCUCCGGUCUCGGCUCUGGCCAAGUACAAGCUCGUCUUCUUGGGAGAUCAGUCCGUCGGCAAGACCAGUAUCAUCACCCGCUUCAUGUACGACAAAUUCGAUAACACAUAUCAGGCUACUAUCGGUAUUGAUUUUCUGUCAAAGACAAUGUAUCUUGAAGAUCGAACAGUUCGAUUGCAGCUCUGGGAUACUGCAGGGCAGGAAAGAUUCAGGAGUCUCAUUCCAAGUUACAUCAGGGAUUCCUCUGUGGCUGUUAUUGUAUAUGACGUUGCAAGCAGGCAGUCAUUUCUGAACACAUCCAAGUGGAUCGAAGAGGUUCGCACUGAGCGAGGCAGUGAUGUUAUCAUUGUGCUUGUUGGCAACAAAACAGAUCUUGUGGACAAAAGGCAAGUUUCAAUAGAGGAAGGAGAAGCCAAAGCUCGUGAGCUCAAUGUUAUGUUUAUUGAAACUAGUGCCAAGGCCGGUUUCAAUAUAAAGGCAUUGUUUCGGAAGAUUGCAGCAGCUUUGCCAGGAAUGGAAACACUUUCAUCAACAAAGCAAGAGGAUAUGGUCGAUGUCAAUCUCAAGUCUUCCAACACUAACGCAUCUCAGUCAAAUCCACAGUCAGGAGGGUGUGCCUGUUGAUAGAAAUAUUGAGAUCUAAGAUCUUCUCUCGUCCUAUUGUUCCCUGUAAUGCUUUAAUGAUCUUCAAGUCUGCCUGUAAAUUUUCCAUGUCAACAUUUUGUAGCAUUGGCUUUUGAGAUUGGUUCAUUUUAAUGAGGUUUAUUUUUUUUACGAGGACAAUGUUGUGGUAUAUAGGCUAGUCCUAGCCUGUCUAGCAUGUAUUGCUCUUGUGGCCCUGGAGAGCCUUGUGCCAAUAUGACUAACAUGUACGGUUUGAUACAAAAUUGCCGAUUCACACGGUUCA